AUGGUUGCGUUUAUGCACGUGCGCGCUGAAAAGUUGUACAUGAAUCGGAAGACAUGUCGGCCAGGAACAUAUCGAACAUUUUACAGAUUCGACGAGGUGAACGUGGAGUUGUUAGCCACUCACUUUUUGCCGGAUUCUCCAGAAACGCGGGGUGGAAGUCUGACAAACAAGGAAAGGAUGGAGACUUUUCUUCGCUAUUUGUCCGAUCCAGGAUUCCAAGUUGGUGUUGGCGAGGACAAGGGUAUACAUCAGUCAACGGUGUGUAAAACAUUUUCGAAUGUGUUAACCCAUGUUGUGGCGAAAGCUCAAAUUUGGAUUAAGUUUCCAGCCUUGCAGGAUAUAAGAGAGGCACAACAACUGUGGCAAACUGGUAAUGAAAUACUAGGUGCAGUCGGUGCGAUAGACUGUACGCAUGAUAAAAUUCUGAAGCCGGAUGCACGACGGAGGCAUGGAGAUGAAUACAUAAACAGAAAAGGUUCAGCAUCCAUCAAUGUGCAGGCGACAUGUAAUGCAGUUGAACGAUUUACGAGUGUCGAUGCUAGUUGGCCUGGGUCCGUGCAUGACAGUCGGAUAUGGAAGAAUUCCGACGUGGUCGAACGAUGA